GGUUAGGGAGCAUUCUGCACUGGCCCUGCAUCCCAUAUGAGAUUGCUGCACCUUAAGAAUCUUUCCUCCGCAUCUCACUGGUACCGGGAUGUUCCAUUUACUCUAAAGGGGGUUUGGUUAACAAAAGAGAACAUCUUUACCGACUAUUUUGGUUUCCAAAGAUAAGAUUAAUAUUCAAAUCAAAGUUAUGGAAUGAUUAGUUGUGUUUGUUUUGGUAGUUUCAAUGCUCGGGCUGUACUUUCUUGAGACGUGCCGACAUACGUUAUGGGAGACAGCGUAAAUUCUCCCCCUCCGGGAAAGUAGGCCCUGCCCGUAAGAUAAGAGAUGCCUUUAUUUUUUGUCUGAUGGAGACAUAGGAUUGGACUGAUAUCUUAAGCUGCUUGUGUCUUCUUUCCGGCACUGUCAUCAGAAAGUAAAUACCAGAAAAGUUUGUCUUAUCAACCAAGAACACUGCUAAUGAUACAAACACGGAGAUUGUGGUCUCCGGGAGUAUUUGUCUUGCUUCCAAUCGAUGCGAACUUUUCUGUGGUGUUGGAAAGUACAUUGAUGUUCACUGGAUAAACAAAUUGGGCUGACUGUCCAGGGAAGUACAACUUGUGACAAGUAGACACCAUGCCUGCAGAGGCUCCGGAACCCCCUGCCAACAAGCCGUACGCGGCCAAGGUCUUCAAAGACAUGGUCAACUUGGUCUGGCCGGGGACGACGUACGAUGGGGGCAGCAUCGUGACCGGCUACCAGGUAGAGAUGUGCGAAGACGGCAAGAACAACUGGAAAGUGCUGACUAAGAACGUCUUCAGCACCAGCUAUGCCAUCAAGGGGCUGAAGGAGAACUGUACCUACAAAUUCCGGGUCUGUUGUGUGAACGCCGUGGGCACCAGCAAGCCUAGCAUCAUCUCAGAACCUAUCAUGACGUCAGAAACAGCUGAGGAUGAUGUUGAUGAAGAGGAUGAGCCAGAUGAGGCCGCAUUUGAACAGAGGAAGGUCAAAGUCAGAAAAGAAAAUGUCAAAGACAUGUACGAGAUAAGAGAAGAACUUGGAAGGGGCAAGUUUGGAACGGUAAACAAGUGUGUGGAGAAGAAAACAAAGAAAAUGUUGGCAGCCAAAUUCAUCAAAGCCGAAAAACCAGCUGACAAAAAAGAGUGUGAACAUGAAAUUGAAAUCAUGAUGGUUCUACAACACCCCAAACUACUUCAGCUGUACGACGCAUUUGCUACAGGAAACAACAUGGUUAUGAUUCUAGAAUAUGUAUCAGGAGGUGAAUUGUUCGAGAGGGUCAUUGAUGAAGAGUUUGACCUGACGGAAAAGGAAGUCACUUUCUUUAUGCGGCAAAUAUGCGAAGGUGUUAAAUUCAUGCACGCUCAAAAGAUUCUACAUCUGGACAUGAAACCAGAGAACAUCCUAUGCGUACGGAAGAAUAGCAAUAAAAUCAAGAUUAUAGAUUUCGGUCUCGCUCAGAAGAUGACGAAAGGCUUGAAAGUGUCGUGCGGUACGCCAGAGUUCUUAGCUCCUGAAGUUGUAUCAUAUGACGAGGUCGCCUACACGACAGAUAUGUGGUCUGUUGGUGUCAUCUGCUAUGUCUUAUUGAGUGGUCUCUCGCCAUUCAUGGGCGACAAUGAAGGAGAGACAAUGAGCAACAUUCUCAAGGUGGAGUGGGAUUUUGACGACGAGUGCUUCGAUGACAUCUCAGACAUGUCCAAGAAUUUCAUCGAAAAUCUGCUGAAGGAAGACAAGUCGGAGAGAAUGACGGCAGAUCAGUGUCUGAACGACGAUUGGCUAAAGAAGGAGAUCAAGAGCACAGCAUCCCUGUCCAAGGCUCGUCUCAAGAAAUACGUCAUCAAGAGAAGAUGGCUGAAAGCCAUCAACGCCGUCCGAGCCAUGAUACGUGUCAAAGGCAUAUUAUAAACACUAGACUUGUGAGGCAGUCCUUCGCUCUGUUUCAUCCAAGCUGCAUUUUGUUCCAGAAGCUCAGCUGCCACUCUGCACCCAGUCUUUGCCCCGCUGUCGUCAUGGCAACUGUUGUCACAGCAACUGCAGCUCGGCAUUGUGGGACCUUUCAUUCUAGACAUUUGGCCCCGGGCAAGCCUUUUGAUUGGCGGAUAGCAGAUUAAGAAAAACAAACAAACAAAUAAAACAAAGUCCAAAUGAAGUACUCGGACAAGUCAUAUUGUAUACACAUAUCUUUGAUUGAUUUUUUUUCUAGUAAUGAAUUUAAUUGUACUCCCAAUUUUGACCGUAUUGUCAUUAUCGUCAUUGUCAAUUCAUAGAAUUAUUCAUAUACAUCAUAUACAAAUCAAAUGUCCACCAAAUGUAUGCAAAGAAAUGCCUUCUUUGGAGAAAAUACAAAUCGCGCCAUGAUUUAUUUCCCAGAAUAAGCUCCAUUCAAGUGUUUGCAGAAGACAAACAUCUUUCAAGCAAAUGUUUUCCAUAGAAGAAAUUUCAGAAGAGGAUGUUGUAUAAUGGUAAAAAUGGAACAAUUUCAAUAAAUUUCCCCGUCCAAGUGAAAUGAUGAGUUUUUCUGCUUUCAAACUUUUACUGUGAUCAGCUUGGAUAUGGGAUUGAUUUAAUAGAGGAGGAAUCCUUGACAAUUGUACAAAAACUGUGAAAGAUUUUUAAACACGUGUAAAAUGUCCAAUAUUUUGUCAUUCUUUGUAGAUUUAUAGAGCUGUACAAAAAAAAUCUAAUUAAAAAAAUGUAAAAAAAAAAAAAAAAAAAAAAAAUUACAAGUGGAAUCCAAAAAAAAAAAUAGUUAAUGGUUGGUUUUGGUGCAAAUUUGAAAUAGAAAGGAUACUAUGGUAGUACACCAAAGUCGAAAGUGGUGGAAAAGGCGUAUUUUGUACUAAUUUUCCACAAAGAGGUUGCUUUAAUGCUGACACUUUUAUUUCUCGACUUUUCUUGAUAUUUCAACUUCCAUCUGGAAAGACAUCCCGCAGUUUGGGAAGUUGAAUUUGGAAUAAAAACAUAACAGGGCAUAACCAGCGUUAGUGCCUUGUAGGGUUAUGGUGAAAUAUAUUGUUGGCGAAAUGAGUGUUUUAAAACAGAUCUGGCUUGGGAACUGCUAGGAACAGGAAGAAAUAACACGGAUAGUUGAACUCGCCGAGUUUUUGUGUGUAAGUGCCAAAUUUGUUGGUGCCGACACUAAUACCUGACAUCUAACAGUUCAUUUAUUUGUAACGAGGCAUUGCUGAUGCAUCGUGUAAUUCCUAAUGUCACCCUACUAUUUUAUACUCCCCGAAUUGAUUUUGCUAACAUUAGCAUUACUUGGUACGUGUAUUCUAGUGGUAUAAUCUGGUGUGACCAUAAAAGAAUACCAAAAGUUAUCACAUAUCUCGUGAAGUUCAAAGAACGGUGUGCAUUUCUCAAAAGGUAGUUGUCAAGCAAAAACUUUCAGAAAAUAAGAAAAGGCAUUGUUUGUCAGUCAUUCAGCAUUUUGCUAAACUUGGUCAGAUAUUACGUGUGGUGGUUAUAUUUAAAAUUCAAAAACUUGAGGCACAGUAUCAAAAUUUGUCGAUAAUUCCAUCAUAUUUUGAUUCAUUGUAGAUAAUUUAUUAUAGCGAGCCGUGGUCUAGUUGUAGUGUGCAAUAUUUAUGACUUGUUUACGACUGUUUCUUCAAGUAGAAUCAAACAUAUUACAGUUAUCUCUGGCAAGAUAACCCUUUUUAUCUCUGGAAAGAUAACCGCCAUAAAGCUAUAUUCUAAUUUUUCUUUUUUUAUACCAAAAUUGAUAGGUAUUGCGGUCAAAGAAUGACAUCGAACCAACCCUAACCAAAUAAUUCAAAACAUGUUCAUUUGAAUGAGAGAGUUAAAGGCGAUUGAGAAAAUAAAUUUAUUAGUAAAUGUCAUCUUAAUAACUGAUGUUGGUGUUUACAUUUUCCAUUUUGCUUGUGUCAUAUAUAAUCUGAUUGGUUGUUGGUAAACAGUGAUUGACUGUGAAGGGUUUGUGUGAAAUGUCUUCAUUUAAAUCCUGAUUUUGAUUUAUAUGGUGAAAAAAA